AUGCGAUGGAGGAGCCAGCAAGGCCCACCGGAGCUGUUCUCGGAUUGGAGCCACUCGCCUGGUGAGAGGCUCCGGUCCGCCACCGUCCACUGUGGGCACUUCCCUUCCUUCCUACCGGCUGCCUCCCAUGAAGCGGGCUUCGGGAAGCUUUCAGGCGACCGGGUAAACCUGCGCCGUCCGCCUCCGAGUUGGCUAGCGGCCACUAUCACCGAGCUCUACAAUGCGACCGGGCAGUGUGACCCGGAUGCCAACUCAGCUACGGAAGGUAAACCAUUGGUGAUAUCUAAACAGAAGACUGCAGUGGUGUGUGGAGUCCCCACCCAGGUGGUCUGCACAGCGUUUACCAGUCACAUCCUGGUGGUGGUGACCCAGUUGGGGAAGAUGGGUACCCUGGAACCCAGCAGUGUGACCAGUGACAUUGGCAAGCCUGUGCUUACCACUAAAGUCCUCCUCGGGAAGGGUGAGCCUCUCAUCCAUGUCUUCGCAAAGAACCUGGUGGCAUUUGUGUCUCAAGAAGCUGGAAACAGAGCAGUUCUCCUCACCCUGGACAGGAAGGACAAGAGCAUGGUGGUGGUGAAGGCUCUGAAGGAGGUGAUCCAGACGUGCCAGGUGUGGUGA